UACUGCCGGCAAUGCAGACCAAGCUCUGGCACUGAUCGUACAGGGAACGGACCGCCACAACAAUAAUUUUUUCCGCCAUCGCCUUUUGUUAGCUGCCUUAUUGUUUUUCCUCCACAAUCGAGGCGGACCCUUUCGCCAAAAUGUUAACCGUCUCUGCAUUUUUGGGAUCAACAACACCCAGUAGAUCUUGUAUUGGUUUUUUGGCUGAGACCUGGGAUCUCGGGGCUGGAAAAGGCGUGGUGGCCUAUGCACCUAAGCUGAUCAGCACAACCACACUGCUGCUGAGAGCUGGGAGGAUCAAGAUGAGGACCAUUUCCAUACCUCUGCUGGCUGUAGUUAUGUCGACACUGGCCUCUCCUCGAGGGCACAACGGCCAGCGUACCAAGCGGGAGCUUUUAGCACGUUCCAAAAGGUGGGCUAUGUCUUCCAUUGAACUAGUGGAGGAAGACCCAGGACCGUACCCGAAACCAAUUGCUCAGAUGUUCAAUGACAGGAUUCAUGAACACAGAAAUCAUAAAUAUGUGAUAAGUGGAAUGGGUGUGACUGAGGAGCCACUUGGUGUGUUCUCUAUUGACGAACAAAGUGGGAAAGUCUUCGCCCACAAACCCAUUGACAGAGAGAAGCACGCCUUCUUUCACAUCAAGUUCAACAUCUUGGACGUAAAUACCGGCAGCAAAAUAGACAGACAAUUAGCAUUUGAUGUAAAAAUACAGGACAUUAAUGACAACGCACCGGCAUUUCUCCAUCCACGAAUGAGCGUUGAUGUGAGCGAGAACACACCGGAAGGCCUCUUGCCAGUUUGGAUCGAGGUCACAGACCCUGAUGAAGUGAGCACCCCUAACUCCACCGUUAGCCUGAGUGUCAUAUCACAGUCCCCACAACUCCCCAAAAUGGAUUUACACCGGAUUGACGACCGGUUGGCUCGGCUUAAUUUUACAGGAUGUUUUGACUACGACAAAGUGAAGAUGUACGAAAUAAUACUUGAGGCGAAAGACCAUGGAAAACCAUCCCUGUCAUCGAGUGCGGUCGUCACUCUCAAUAUCAUUGACAGCAACAGUCAUCCUCCGAGGUUCAAAGCAAAGAAGUAUCUUGGCGAAAUUCAGGAAAUGGUCACACGUGAAAAUGUUUUAAGGCUUUCAGUAGACGACAAAGACACUCCUAAAACCCCUGCUUGGCGGGCCAAAUACUUCUUUGUCGAAGGAAAUGAGGAAAACAACUACAAAAUUGAAACCGACCCUGAGACUAAUGAGGGUAUUUUGAGUGUCGUCAAGGGGAACGAUUUCGAGAGAACAACCAUGACAAGGCUGCAAGUCAGGGUAGAGAAUGAGGAAGCAUUGUAUGUCUGCGGGGACCCAGCAACCACCAGCAAAGGCUUCUGGGAUACCGUUAACAUUACGAUGAAAGUGACGGACGUCAAUGACCCUCCUGACUUUGAAAACUAUACCGUCAAAGUCUACGAGAAGGAAGAGCAGGAACCGGGAAGAUUGCUGUACACUCCAAAGGUUCUUGAUGUGGACUCGGACAUAUCCAACAUUAGGUUUACAAAGAUAGAAGACUCAGCUGAUUGGGUGACAAUUGACAAGAAAACAGGACAAGUCACAACCACUAAGAAAAUGGACCGGGAGUCACCCUUUGUCCAUGACAACAUUUAUAAAAUACUGUUGGCUGCGAUAGAUGAUGGUGAUCCUCCAGCUACGAGCACCGGAACCGUACUGGUUCACCUCCUGGAUAUAAACGACAACAAGCCAAAGCUGAUCAACACUAGCCUCACAAUGUGUGGAAACAAGUUCAACAAAGUCAUGAUCGCUGCAAAGGAUCUGGAUUCACACCCUUACAGCGGACCCUUCACCGUCUCACUGAAGCCUGAUGAUGCAACCCAGUUACAGCCAUGGAAAGUGGACCCCUCCACCGGUGAGGAAGUCGGGCUGGUUAGCCUGAAGAGACUUUCCUACGGCAAAUACACGGUGCCCCUUCUGAUUGAGGAUCAACAAGGCGUGUCUGCAGAGGACACUGCAGUCAUCACGGUGUGUGACUGCCGGGCGGGAAACGGCUGUCACCACGAACGGCUCUCAACAAGUCUGGGAGCAGCUGCCAUCGGACUGAUAAUAGCAGGAUUGCUCUUAUUUUUGGGACUGUUACUCCUCCUGACGUGUGAGUGUCGAAACAAGUUCAAGCACGGGUCCGAGGUCCAAGCAGAUGAGGGCCACCAGACCUUAAUCAAGUACAACCAAGAAGGAGGCGGUUCUGAAUGCAAGACUGAGCUAUCCUUGAUGCUGACACGUGCAAAGGAUGCCGCAAUGACUUUUACAAAUGGACAACACCCGGGCACUCUUCAGAUAACUCAACCAGCUCCAAUAAUGACAGGAUACCUUGAUACUCACAAUGCUGGGCUCACUCAGACUUCAUUGGGCCAGCAAUAUCACAGAGGAAUGUUCAAAGGGCAUCAGGGGCACACGGUGGGAGGCUCCUUGAGGUCCAACAAUAAUAUUUCAGAUUGGCUGGAGAGGAGAAUCUACAUGAUGGACAGAAACCACCCGGAGUACCAAGCACAUGACUAUGCUUAUGAAGGAGAGGGCAGUGCAUGCCAGUCACUGGAUGAGCUGUCCUUCAGCAAUUCGGAAGAGGAUUUUCACUUCCUGAAUGAUUUGGGACCACAAUUUGGGCACUUGGGUUCCAUCUGCAACCAGAUGCUAGGAGUAAAAGGCACGCAACUUUCACCGGACAAGAUUGGCUAAUUAUUUGUUUGGAGCCACUCUCAAGGAAAGACCAGUCUUACAUCAAAAAGUCAUUUACAGAAUUCAUUUAUUUUGCACUUAUUUUUCCACAGUGACAUUCUGAUAGUGUGCCAUGAAAACACUGCAAAUUGCCGUCAUGUACGAGUAUCUCACUAGAGAUGUUGGGUUUGAAUUUUGCUUUGAAAUGAACAAAAAAAUUUUUUUCUUUUGAUGGCAGUUUUUUUUUUUUAGAUUUUAUACACAAUUUUUAU